CUACAAAUGCAGAGAGUGCGGGAAAUGCUUUUCCCAGAGUCAACAACUUAUGAGACAUCAGCGAACCCAUACUGGAGAAAGGCCUCAUCAGUGUUUGGAAUGUGGCAAAUCGUUUGCUGUAAAGGCAAGCCUUGUGAUUCAUCAGAGACUUCACACAGGAGAGAAACCUUAUAAAUGCUGGGAGUGUGGGAAAUGUUUUGCUCAGCAUUCAAAUCUCGCAAUCCAUCAGAGAACCCAUACAGGAGAGAGACCCUACAAAUGUGUUGAGUGUCGGAUGUGCUUUCGCCAGAAGCAACACCUUCAGAGACACCAGAGAGGCCACACGGGAGAAAAGCCAUACAAAUGUUUGGAAUGUGGGAAAUGUUUUGCUGGCAAGUCAGAUCGUGAUGUACACAAUAGAAUACAUACAGGGGUGAGGCCGUAUGAAUAUCCCAACUGA